CACAGUGGUCAGACAUGGAGCUGGCGGGGGUCGCUGCGUUGUGGAUGGAUCACUGAAGGGAUCGUUGUGGAUGGACCACUGAAGUGUUGUGGAUGGACCACUGAAGUGUUGUGGAUGGACCACUGAAGUGUUGUGGAUGGACCACUGAAGGGAUCGCAUAGCUGCACUGCCAUGGAGUUUGGAAAAGUUGUGUCCAGGCACCAGAGGACGUUGCUGAUCACCAUGAUGAUGUUCAAGCUGGGCUUCCUGUGCACGGCAGCAGCCGACAAGUGUCUGGCAUCCCCGUGCAGCAACGGCGCCACCUGUCUGGAACAUCUGGGCGACUACGUCUGCCUCUGUCCCAAAGGACCGGUGUGGUACAUGGGCAAAAACUGUGACCAGCUGUACGACGCCUGCAUCCUGGCACCUUGCGCCAACUGUACCAGCAGUCCCGGCACCGCAAAUUUCACAUGCCAGUGCCCCGCCGGCCUGACGGGCCUGAACUGCACCCUGGACGUGGACGAGUGUGGAAGCAACCCCUGCACAGGUGUCAGGUCUUACUGUGUCAACAGAGUCAACGCCUACUCCUGCCACUGUCCCCGUGGACUGGGAGGCCAACACUGCCAGUCUGAGGUCACCACUUGCUCAGAGGGAAUGUGCCAGAACGGCGGCACCUGUACGGACAUACCCGACGUCGGGCAUCAUUGUCAGUGUGCCGCUGGAUACCAAGGGACCAACUGCCAAGAAAACCUUAACGAAUGCGAGUCCUCGCCGUGUCAAAACGGAGCGAUAUGUAAAGACGGCGCCGAUGCCUAUCAGUGUUUCUGUGUGCCGGGAUUUCAAGGUUUCCACUGUGACUUGGACAUCAACGAGUGCGCCUCCCAGCCGUGUCACAACAAUGGCACCUGCCUGGAUGAAGUGGACAACUACAGCUGUGACUGUGUUCCAGGCUUCACAGGGAUGAACUGUGAGGAGGAGAUGGACGAGUGUGAAGAAGAACCCUGCCAGAACGGAGCUACCUGCCAAGACCACGUGGCCGCCUACACCUGUACCUGCACCGAGGGCUUCCAGGGUCACGACUGUGAGGUCAACGUUGACGAAUGUGCCAGCGCGCCGUGCCUCAAUGAUGGCGGGUGCCUUGACGGAGUCAACAGAUACGAGUGCGACUGCGAGGGGACGGGCUUUGAAGGCGACCACUGCGAGGAGGACAUCCUCGAAUGUGCUUCGGAUCCCUGCCAGCACGGAGCUUCCUGCUUGGAGGGCAUCAAGCAGUACAAGUGCCUCUGCUGGCCAGGCUACCUGGGCGACAACUGCCAGGUGGAUGAAGACGAGUGUGAACAGGACCCGUGUGAAAAUGGCGGCCAAUGCUUUGAGCGUUCCGAUCUGGCCAACUAUGGCGUUCUUCCUGAACUCAGCACGGCCGACUUCACCUACCAAGCAGCGGCGGGAUUCAUCUGCCACUGCCAACCUGGAUUCACAGGAGAAAACUGCUCGCUGGACGUGGACGAGUGCGUCUCGGCGCCGUGCCGACAUGGCGGCAGCUGCCAGGAUGGGAUCAACUCCUACCAGUGCUGGUGCCCUGAUGGCUUCACAGGUGUACACUGUGAAGUGGACGUCGACGAGUGCGACAGCAAUCCUUGCCAGAAUGGCGCCACGUGUGAGGACAGUGCCAACGCCUACUUGUGUACGUGCCCGGCUCCAGAGCCCGACAAACAGCCUCUAGGCGGACGCGACUGUGACAUUGUCCUAGUUGGUUGCCAGCAGCACCGGUGUGAACAUGAUGGGGUCUGCAUGCCUUUGCUGACCGCCUAUGGUGAUCAUAGCUACACCUGCCUGUGCGGGCCUGGCUGGACCGGCGAACUCUGCAACACCUCCACCACCUUUUCCUUCAAUUGGGAAGGCUACGUCCAUAUGCAGCUGCCGGUCCCCAAAAACCGAGCAAGACUUGGUUUUGAUGACCAGAACUACGGACUCCAUAUGCAACUCAGAUUCAGGAGCACUUUGCCGGAUAUGAUACUCUACCACCGUGGUACCUUGGAACGCUUCAUCUCCCUGGAGUUAGUCCGAGGUUCUCUACAGGCUAGGUUAAAGUCCGGGAGGAUGCUGCAGGUCACUUAUCCAGGUCCAGUUAAUGACGGAGAAUGGCACCAAGUCACCGUGACUAUGGAUGACCGGUUGACUCUGACCGUAGUGGGCCCUGGCUGUGAGGAAGGGUGCCAGGUGAAAAACGAGGCUUACAACCAUCUGAUCUUCUUCCAGUCCGACUCUUUUCAACAACUGUACGUAGGCGGAGUGGCGCAGGAAUAUUUGACACUCACAAGCAGUGGGAGGGCUUUCAUUGGCUGCAUGGAAGACUUUCAAGUUGACUACAAGCUGCUGUUGCCUCAGGACCUGAUGAGAGAAGAAAGCUUAGGCUUGGAACUGGGAUGCAGCAAAGAGGAUUUGUGCCAUGAUGACCCGUGCCAACAGCGAGGGAAGUGUGUGGACAUGUGGGUGGAGGCCAAGUGCCAAUGCUACCGGCCUUACUACGGAGAAACAUGUGACCGAGAAUACUUCUCCUGGACUUUUGCUCAUGAGAACAUCACCAGCUACGCUGCCUUCAACAUCACACAAACCCAUGGAGAACAUUUCUCCUUCUCCUUCAUCAUGCGAUCCCUCAAAGAGAACGGCUUGCUGGCACAGUUUGGCCGAGAGAAGAAGUCCUACCUGAGCGUCUACCUGAAGGAGGGCGUGGUGGCCGUCUACAGCCCUCACACCACACUCUUGUCGGAGGCCCGCUCCGUCGCCGACGGCAACAGUCAUUUGGUGACUGUAGCCGUCAACCACGGCCAGGUGUUUUUUCCCAAGGCGGGGAACCACCGAGCCCUGGGGAACGUGAGCGUCCAGGCGGGGGAUGUGGUCUUUGUCGGGGGACUCCUGGCAGGGGAGAACCUCCACACCUGGGGUGGACAAUUCAAGGGCUGCCUGCAAGACCUUCGGCUGGACGACAAGCAUCUGACCCUGGGGGAGGAGGAGCCGGGGGGUUACCUGGCAACGGCCCAGGAGAACGUCCUGCCGGGAUGCCAAAGUGAUGACACUUGCAAGAACGAGCCCUGUGCCAACGGGGGCAAGUGUCAGAUCACCUGGAAUGACUUCAAGUGCGACUGUUCCCUUCGAUUCUCCGGACGCCUGUGCCAGAAGCGGCUGUGGUGUGUGGACAAGCCUUGUUUCCAUAGAGGCCAAUGUGUGGACCUAUGGGAUGGUUAUGAGUGCCUGACUGAAGCAUUUUUUCAGGACAACGCUGUGGAGUAUUUUGCCAACAGCUCCCUGCUGAGCCCGGUCACCAACUUCACCCUGGACCUCAGAACACGAGACCAGAAUGGCAUCUUGGUGCGGGCCAACAAUCGAGCUGAGGUUUUCUGCCUGGGUCUCCUUAACUCCACCCUUCUGGUGAAAAUGGACAGUGGAAAAAGUGCAGAGCUGCUGGCGUUCACCAGUCACCGCAUCAUUGCAGAUGGUGCCUGGCACCGGGUUCAGUUGACCAUGGUGGACCCUGCACUGCCACUGUCUCCAUGGCGCCUCACUGUGGACGGGUACCCGGCCGGUGGAAGCCUGGGAGUUGCCGGCAACCUUAACUUCCUGAAUGAUACCAACAUUUGGCUUGCUGAGAAAUAUACCGGCUGUCUGGGAGAAGUCCGUGCGGGUGGAGUCUACCUACCACUCUUCAACGUAGCAGACGCGCCCCAGACCAGUUACUUCUCCAGACUGAGUCAACAUGAGCCAACCAUCGGAUGCCAGGGUGCCCCGGUUUGUGACUCUCAGCCGUGUGUCAACGAGGGUGUGUGCCAGGACCAGUUUAAUGAGUUUAACUGCAGCUGCAGACCAGGUUGGGAGGGCAAGCUGUGUGAGGCCGAGAUGAACGAGUGCUCCUCUGACCCGUGUGUCCACGGGACCUGCAAAGACUUGCUGGCACAUUACCAGUGCCACUGUGAGCCUGGCUAUGUGGGCACUAACUGCCAGGAAGAAGUGGACGACUGCUUGGAGUUCAGCUGCUUGAAUGGGGGAACCUGUGUGGAGAAGAUGGAAGUUCAUACCUGUUUGUGUCCUCCUGCAUACGUGGGAAAACGCUGCCAACGGCGAUUCCCUCCGGUGGCGUGUGACGCCGCCACCAAGUGCCUUCAUGGAGGGGUGUGCAUCGGGGAGGACACGGGGGGCAACUGCACCUGCAAGCCAGGAUACUCUGGUACCAGGUGCGAGACAGAAAUAGACGAGUGCGAGUCCGGUCCUUGUCUCAAUGGCGCCACCUGUCUGGACAGACUCAACCACUUCCAGUGUGUGUGUGUGCCAGGCUAUAGUGGCACCCGCUGUGAAAGCAAUAAAAAGGAGCACAAGGAGCGAGUUCCCUGGCUGGUGGUGACCAUCCCCCUCACCAUGUUGUGUGUCCUACUGGCCAUCCUGGUCAUCUUCUUCCUGGUCAUGACGGCCCGCAAGAAGCGUCAGUCGGAGGGCACCUACAGCCCCAGCUCACAGGAGGUAGCUGGAGCCAGGCUGGAGAUGGGCAGCGUCCUCAAAGUGCCACCUGAAGAGAGGCUCAUCUGAGACCUGCAGUCUGGUCUACUGCCUCGUUUUAGGAGGCCAUGUGGAACUGGUACAAAGAAGGAAACUCCUGCUCUGAGGGGAGAACAAGACUGAUGCUCCACCUGAGCUUGGGAGAUUGGCAGGUAUCCGAUCUCAAGAUGGUUUACUUUCAAAGAUCAUCUCACAGGAAAAGGCCAAGCAAGUCCUGGCAUCAGAGACACAAAUGGUGCUGAGAGAACAGACAUGAGAGGGUAUUGAUUUUGUAGCAUAAUAUCAAAUGAGUACUUUUCUGGAUGUUCUUCCAUUGUAUUUAUUGCACAUCAUCAUCACAAGUCUUUAAGUAUAACCUUCCUCUGAGCUCUCGGUUUAUGCUUCUCGCAGAUCACAAUAUUACUUUUAUAAUAUUAUAUAUUAUACAGUUUACGUAAUGUUUGAUAUCGGUCCUAGUUGUAAACUGAGAGCUUUCUUCUUGAAAAGAUCUGACAUUCUAUACACUUCUUAUUGUAUUUUGCUUCUUCUUAUCUUUUUGCCAAGAGCAAUCCACCUAAGUCUGUACUUAUUUACAUCCCAUUUGAAAUGACUAUUUCUAGAUAGGUAGUACUAAAAACCGCUCGGACUCAGUAGCUCAUACUUUCAUAAUAUGGUGUAAGGAUCGUUGCAUCAAAAGUACUGACAUUUGGUACUGGUGGGUACUGGUCUCGAUUCCCUGGUACCAGGAAUUGGUACCGCAUCAAUUGAAAUGUGAAAGGUACCCAUCCCUAGUUGAAGGUUGAGGUUCAAGGGGAACUGCACUUUUUUGGAAUUGUGUUUUUUCAUUCACAAUCCUUAUGUAAGACAAGUCUUGGACUUAGAUUGGUCACACCUAGUCUUAGACUUAGAUUGGUCACAUCUAGUCUUAGACUUAGAUUGGUCACAUCUAGUCCUAGACUUAGAUUGGUCACAUCUAGUCUUAGACUUAGAUUGGUCCCAUCUAGUCUUAGACUUAGAUUGGUCACAUCUAGUCUUAGACUUAGAUUGGUCACAUCUAGUCUUGUACUUAGAUUGGUCACAUAUCGUCUCAGACUUAGAUUGGUCACAUCUCGUCUCAGACUUAGAUUGGUCACAUAUCGUCUCAGACUUAGAUUGGUCACAUCUAGUCUUAGACUUAGAUUGGUCACAUCUAGUCUUAGACUUAGAUUGGUCACAUCUAGUCUCAGACUUAGAUUGGUCACAUCUAGUCUUAGACUUAGAUUGGUCACAUCUAGUCUUAGACUUAGAUUGGUCACAUCUAGUCUUGGACUUAGAUUGGUCACAUCUAGUCUUAGACUUGGAUUGUUAGAUCUAGUCUUACACUUAGAUUGGUCACGUCCAGUCUUAGUCUUAGAUUGGUCACAUCUGGUCUUAGACAUAGAUUGGUCACAUCUAGUCUUAGACUUAGAUUGGUCACAUCUGGUCUUAGACUUAGAUAGGUCACGUCUAGUCUUGGACUUAGAUUGAUCACAUUUAGUCUUAGACCUAGAUUGGUCACAUCUAGUCUUAGACUUAGAUUGGUCACAUCUGGUCUUAGACUUAGCUAGGUCACGUCUAGUCUUGGACUUAGAUUGAUCACAUUUAGUCUUAGACCUAGAUUGGUCACAUCUAGUCUUAGACUUAUAUUGGUCACAUCUGGUCUUAGACAUAGAUUGGUCACAUCUAGUCUUAGACUUAGAUUGGUCACAUCUGGUCUUAGACUUAGCUAGGUCACGUCUAGUCUUGGACUUAGAUUGAUCACAUUUAGUCUUAGACCUAGAUUGGUCACAUCUAGUCUUGGACGUAGAUUGGUCACAUCUAGUCUUAGACUUAGAUUGGUCACAUCUAGUCAAGUGGUUUGUGCCAAAAUCCCAACUAUGUAUAGUCCAACACCAGGUGGGUGUGGCUGGGCCAGAAUGGUUCUGCUGGAUUACAGUACAAACAAGUGUCUAGCAAUCGUUAUGCCAUACAAUACCUCAAUGGUAAGGAGGGGAAAUUCCACUCCAACGACUGUCGUUGUUGGCAUUGACACAAGGCUCUUUUGCAUCUCAGUUUUUUUUCACUACAAUAGGGCAGACCUAUCCGUGCUCAAGCACACCAUCCUUGCGUUGGUGUAUGAAUAGUUGGGGUAUUGGUACCAGCUGCAAGACUAGAUGUGACCAAUGGAGGCUAUGAGCAUGAAGCCUACUUAGAUGAGAGGCAAACCGUUUUCUAAGACAAAGCAAACAGUCCAGUUGCCAUAGAUUGAGUGCCCUGAGACUACAAAGACCUGGAUGAAUGAACAUCCAUAGACUAGGCUACGUUUGUUACAUUAGUGUUUCAUGACUGUACUGCACUGUCCCUGUACGUUUAGCUUUUAGUGAACAUUUUUUUAUAUGAAGCAACUACCAUAGCAACACGGACACAACCCGGGCAGCUGGUCCUGCGGUUUUAAAAGGUUGAGCGACAAAUUAACCAAUCGUAGGUUGGAUGAGAAGGUUUAAUAUCUUCAGACAUUUUGGACAGUUUUACAUUCUUCCAACUCUGAAAUUCUGAAAACAAUUGUUCUGACUGUUCCCUGCUACCUUUGGACUGAACUACAACAGACUCUGAGCUCACAAAUGGUCUCCUGAAUGAAUUGAGGAAUAUAUCUUAGAAACUGCAAAGUGUCACUCCAUUGGACAAUAGGGGUUUUUGUGUGUGUUUUCAGCUUCUGUACCUGGUAUGGUCCAAAAUAGACUUUCACCAUAAGAUCAUGGUGUAUUGUAGACCAUUGACUGUAACGUGGUUGUAUAUCUUGGUGUGCAUGUUCUCCUGGUAAUAUUUUCCACCAUGACUGAACUUGCAUUGACGUCAUCAUGUUCAGAGUUUCCACCUUUUAGUUGGACUAAUGUCUCUGGUUUACAUGACUUUGCAUAUUUUCCUGGUUUGUAUGUGGAGUCUUGUCUUGCACUGGUGCUUUUCCUAAUGACUUGGUGUCCAUUGACUGUAUUAAGGUCUCCAUUUAUAUAGUAAUUACUCUGUACCUGAGCGGGUGUGAUGAGACGCAAGUUGUGCCUUCGUGUUUUCAAGCAUUCUGUGAUUGUUCUUGUUGGACACGCACACACUGGGAUUUGAUGUACAAACGUUUGUGUUGCAGAGUCAACCACACAUUCCUGGACAAUGUACAAAAUGGUAGUGAUAUCACACUGGAGUUGCUAUGACAACGCGUAUCACACAUUGUAGGCCAGAACUGGAAAUGUUAUUCCCAAGUAGGAAGUCACGUUUGUGUUUAUGUGAGUGCUCUCUGGAAAUAGGAAAUGUUUCUGACAGUACACUUUCCCAAGGAAUAAU